AUGAGAACCUUCACAAUUGCGCUGGGCUGUGUCAUUUUGGCCAUGUUACACAUCAGGAGCUGCGAUUCGGUCGCCUGUUCAUCAACGGUCCUGACCAACUGCACCGACUGCACGGAUGCCAGCAACGCAAAUAAUGCCGACUGCACCACCACGGCCACGGCAACAACAACAACAACAACAACGGCAAGCUCCGUCUCACUCGGCGCCAACCGGAAGACGGUGCGUAUCAGCAAUCUGAGGUACACAAAUGUGCGUCGCAUUCGCGUCAAUAAUCGUACUACGCGUUCCUCAAGCCGUCGCAACGGAAGCCGCAGAAAUCGCAACACACGUGUCUUUGUGGGUUAG